AUGGGUUUUCGUGAUUAUCCAAACCUGGUAUUGCAACAGAAACAACGGUACUGCCGCAACAACCAGUUGUUCUGGCCUAAAUAUCGUAAACUUGCCCUCUCGCAUGAUGCUGUUCUUGCCGGCCGCCAUGUGAACGACAUAUCCGUACGGGUCCGAAAAGCCGAAAAACAAGGCGUCAGUCCGCUCACCGAAAAAGAGUUCUAUAAUAUACUCAUUGAAAAGUAUUUGAUGACAGAUGAACAGUUAAUUAGAAAUGGGUAUCCACGAGCUGUACCGGGUGAUGAGCAAUUGGUAACAAUUGCACCAACUCAUUUUGAAAUGUCUAAAUCGCAGAAGUCAUGGGCAGCAAAAGACGAUCUCGAGCGCCUAUGUUCAAGAUGUCAUAAGGAGUUUCGUCUGGAUCCCAAGGGCAAUGUAGUUCCUGCUGAAUGUAUUUAUCACUUCAAAGGACUUCAGAGACGUGGAGGUAUGCGAGGAGAGUCGUACUUUUCGUGUUGCGGUGCAGACCGCAAUACGCCCGGAUGUUGUGUAGCAGAAGCCCAUGUUUCUGAUACCUUGAAUGCCGAGGCUCUGCGCGAAUUCACACCUACACCCCCUUCACGAGGAGAAGAUGAUCCAAGAAGUGAAAAGGUGUAUGCCAUGGAUUGCGAAAUGGUCUACGGUGUUUGGGGCCCAGAAUUGGCCCGUGUAUCUGUUGUAGAUAUGGAUAACAAAUUAGUACUCGAUCUCAUUGUUAAGCCUCAUAAUAGAGUAAUCGACUAUAAUACACGGUUCUCUGGUCUGACGGCUAACCAAGUUGAAGCAUCUACAAUCGAUCUCUUCGAGGCACAAAAUCGUCUAUUCGAAUUAGUGAAUGAGCAAAGUAUAUUGAUUGGACAUAGUCUGGAAUCAGAUUUGAAAGCAAUGAGACUUCGUCAUGAAAAGGUCGUUGACACAGCCGUUGUCUAUGAACACAGGCAGGGAUUCCCUUUCAAACGAGCCUUGCGAAAUCUUGCCAGUGAGUACCUCCACAAGAUCAUCCAAGAGGAUGAAAGCGGUCACGACAGCCAGGAAGAUGCUGCCACUUGUAUGAGUUUAAUGCUCUUAAAAGCGAAAGACGACUACAAGUGA